AGUUGGGAGUUGAACCAUCACUAUACAACUAAGUGUAGAACAAAAGCACUACUAACUAACUAUCUAUCUAUCUAUCGUACAUAACAUCCAAUUCCAAUGCCGACAGACAGCCACUCGCCGGCGCGGCCAACCAUCACCCUGCCGCCGCGUCCCAGCCUGGAGUCCUUCCUGUCGUCGGUAGGAAUAAGCCCCGGUCCCAUGACUCUGGUGUCGUCGUUCUUUGCGGACGACUACUCCCCUUCACCUUCUUCCUUCUCUCAGCUCCUGUCGGUUACGCCGUCUCCUCUCUUCACCGUGCCACCUGGCUUCAGCCCUUCCGCCUUCCUCUUCUCCCCUACUCACCCUCAGUGCUUUAGCCGAACAAAAGUAAACAAUAGAAAGUUGCGGAUAAGACAUUUGUGGUGGAAAUUUCUGAAUUCUAAGUUAAGAAAUAAUUUCUUGGAAAGCCCCUUUGGGAUGUCACAUCAGCAGGCUUUAGCACAGGUUACCACUGAAGCUGUGAUAGCACAAUCACAAGGGCAAAUGCAGAUUGAUGAAGAUGAUGCUUCAGAGAAGAAUGUAGAAGUAUCUAUGUUUGAAACUUCUCAUAUGUCCAAUAAUGCUGACAAGAAGUAUCAGCAGCCUUCGUCCGUGGUGGCCGACAAGCCUGCGGACGAUGGCUAUAACUGGCGAAAAUAUGGACAGAAACAGGUUAAGGGGAGUGAGUUUCCACGGAGCUACUACAAGUGUACACAUCUGAGUUGCAAUGUGAAGAAAAAGGUUGAGCGUGCCAUUGAUGGUCACAUAACAGAAAUCAUCUAUAAAGGGCAGCAUAACCAUGAAAAGCCUCAUUCUAAUAAGCGUAAUAAAGAUAACAAUGAUUCAAAUGAAAGUGUAAGCAUUCAGCCUAAGUCUGAGUUGAGUUCACAAGGUUGUUGGGUUGGAAAUUCAGAUAGUUUUGGCAAAGGCUUUUCUGAUUGUUCGAUCAGCGAAGACUUGGGUGGUGUAGAUAUGAGGGAAGAAGAAGGAGAUGAUGUUGAACCAAACCCCAAGAGAAGGAACAUUGAUGUUGGGGUUUAUGAAGCACAUCAAACGACUGUGACAGAACCCAAAAUCAUUGUCCAAACAAAAAGCGAAGUUGAUCUUUUGGAUGAUGGCUACAAGUGGCGCAAGUAUGGGCAGAAAGUGGUGAAGGGUAAUCCUCAUCCAAGGAGCUAUUACAAAUGCACAAGUGCAGGGUGCAACGUGCGAAAGCACAUCGAGAGAGCUUCAAUGGAUCCUAAAGCAGUGAUAACAACUUAUGAGGGAAAACAUAAUCAUGAUGUGCCUGCUUCCAGAAAGAGCAGCCAUAACAGUUCAAAGCCGCAUAAAGCGGUACCUGAGAAGCAAUCGGAUAUGGAUUUCGAAAACAGCAACCAAAGACCGAUACAUUUAAGCUUGAAAGAAGAGCAAAUCAUAGUAUGAAUGAAACUAUGAAGUUAGUUAUAGAACUCACCUGGUAGAGAAGGACAUUGUGUAGAGGGUGAUCGAGAAGGCAAUAUGUAAAUUAUUAAUUUCUGUUUGUUGAUACUAGUUGUUCUUAAGUAUGAUUCUAAAACUAAAUCUAAUCCAAUUUUUCUCCAUUACUCCGAAACCACUUAACAAAAGAAACUAGUGGAGCAUGUGCAUACAGAAUUCAGCAAAUCAAGCAAAAGACCAAUAUUAUAAGUAAAAUAAACAUCCACUUUUCAAAUGAACGAACCAUCCGCAGACAUAGUAAAAUGAACAUCCGCUUUAGUUGAUAAUAAACAUCUAACAAAUUAAGAACCUUUAUUUAAUUAUUACAUUCUUAGUUAAUUAAGCCAAAUGUAAUUAGCUUGAUUCAAGCACAACCAAAAUUAGUUUCAACCAAUUAUUUAAUUAACUCACAAACCACGUACCAAAUCAAGCAAAAGACCAAUUAUGUAAUCAAAACAAA